CUCCACCUAUAAAUUGUGCACUUUGGAGAACAAAAAACCCCUCAACUUCAAAGAGUCACAAAUCACCCUUAAUCAAAAAGGGUGCAGAAAUUUUUUUGGGCCCUCCCCGCCAUGAGCUCCUACGUAGCCAAUUCAUUCUAUAAGCAGAGCCCCAAUAUCCCUGCCUAUAACAUGCAAACUUGUGGGAACUAUGGAUCGGCCUCAGAGGUGCAGGCAUCCAGGUACUGCUACGGCGGAUUGGACUUAAGCAUCACUUUCCCACCGCCUGCGCCUUCCAACUCUCUCCACGGGGUAGACAUGGCUGCCAACCCCCGGGCUCACCCCGACCGCCCCGCCUGCAGCGCUGCGGCCGCUCCGGGACACGCUCUGGGCAGAGACGACGCAGCUCCUCUGAACCCCGGGAUGUACAAUCAGAAGGCGGCCCGCCCGGCGCUGGAGGAGCGAGCUAAGAGCAGUGGGGAGAUCAAAGAGGAGCAGGCGCAGACAGGGCAGCCCGCCGGACUGAGCCAGCCACCGGCCCCGCCACAGAUUUACCCGUGGAUGACCAAACUGCACAUGAGCCACGAGACGGAUGGCAAGCGAUCCCGAACCAGUUACACGCGCUACCAGACCCUGGAACUCGAGAAAGAAUUCCACUUUAACCGCUACCUCACUCGCCGCAGGCGCAUAGAAAUCGCGAACAACUUGUGUCUCAACGAGAGACAGAUCAAGAUCUGGUUCCAGAACCGCAGAAUGAAGUGGAAGAAAGAUUCCAAAAUGAAAAGCAAGGAAGCUCUUUAGAGGCAGCGGAAAGGUCCUCAGAGAGCACCCCAGUCGGCUUCUGUCCCUGCGUCUUUCCUUUUCGGUUUUCCUCUUUCUAGAUUUUGGGGCGGAGGCUGGAGCGCUGGCUCUGGGCCUCACAGACAAAAGCGCAUUUCCUUAGCAUUCUGCAUCCCCACCGACCUGACCUAGGAUUCCGCAGGGCCUUCUGAACUACCCAUCUCCCCUCAACUCAGCUGAGUACCCCGGGUCCAGGGCACGCUCUGCAAGGCUUGCCCGGCAGGGUUGAGGGGCACCGUGGUCUGGUGCUGACUGAGCUUCAGCCUCUCGGGCUCUCAGCCCUAGUUCAACCAGCCAGAGUUAAGGUGAGACGGGUCAGCCACAGCCCCUUGGCCCCGACCUCCACAUCCUUCUCUUUGUUCCUGCCUAGGCUGGCCAGGCCUCUGCAGACUGGUUGUGCCCUGCAGAGUCUAUGACCAGACUCGGGUUGCUUCCCUUAUACUAACCUUUAUAGCUUCUAAAUUGUCUUUACUUAUUUGAUUUGCAUAUGAAAGGGGGUGAUGAGUGAAAGUGGGCCUAGAGUCCCAGAGUUUGUCUUUUAGGCUCUUCAAAUCUUCAAACCCCUUCCCCAAAGCCGGGAACUGACCCAGACCAGCCUGCUGCAUGCCCUCUCAGGUUCACAGCCCCAGCCUGCUAGCUAGCUCAACUAUUGGGGUUUCCUGCCUUUGGACCCCAGCAAGUGGUUCUUGAGGCUCCUUUGUUAGCUCAUCUUACCUGCCAUGACUUUCUUGCCCUUCUGCCCCCUGCCCCUACAGUUGCCCAACUAUUUAUUGACACCAGUCCUUCCUGAAACUAUAUUUUGUCAUAUCAAAUAAAGAUGAAGAACAGGAUUAAGGAUGCAAUGGCUUCUCUCUGUUUAGGGCAUGCACUGGGUAAAAGUAUCUGAAAGGAUCAGAGGUGUAGGGAAGAGACCCAGUCCUUAAGCCAUCCUUUAACAUUUAAGUACUUCUAGAGGAAGCAAGAAGAGGGAGAUGUAACAGUUCUUUUCUUGAUUCUUGGUUCCAAGAAGGGCCUCUGAAGUGAUGGGAGUGCUGAUUUUUCCCUCUAUAUGCCAUUUUCAUCCUUGCUGAAAACAUGUGAGGCAUCUAGAUUGUCAGUAGUUCCCAUUCUAUGCCAGGGCAUAGGGACCAGUGGCUCCGCCAGUUAAGACUCUUCUGGGACUCUGAAGAUCUCUACUGGGGCUAGGUCAUCUCUGAGGGGCCUUACUGGACAUAGCAGGAAGGCUGAGUCUUUCUCAGUUUAGGGACACAUUUGACCUCAGAAGGACUCCCCAGUGAAAGUAGGUGCUGCUUGGUAAAGAAGGGCGGGAGAAGGGGAGUUGGCCAAGGUUUGAGAUGCGCUUCACAUUUCUAAGAUAUGGGAUGGGGGAAGGGGGAGAGGGGCAGGGAAUUCAGCCUGCAGUGUAUGCCUGCCUGGCAGGAAACAGACUGUUCCCCAUCUUCUAAGGUCCAUGAAGAACAGUUAAUUGGAAUAAGAGCUGCCUAGACCAGUGCAAGAAAUUUUUGCCAUCACAUUUAUCUCAGGCUCUGAGAUUUUGUAUGGAGGAAGAGGGUGGUCUAUAGGGGAGGGAGGGAGGAACACAGCUAGUUCAGGUGCCUGGUGCUGGCCUAGGCGGAGGCUCUGCUCAGCUCAGUUCCACUCUAGGCUCCAGGGAUGGGCUGGAGAGGAAGCACUUUACAGGAGAAACAAAUGUGGGAAGGGUCCAUAAAACUUUACUGCAUUUCCUCUCCAGCCUCCCACAAUGGGGUGAGUUCCUGGAGCCAAGCCUAGGCCCCCCACACUGAUAGGGUGGGGAUCUGGAGCUGGGCUGGGGCCUGCUCUGUAGCUAGGAACAGAGCAGCUCUGGGGAGGGGCAGGGAGAAUAUUUAUGAUUAUUAAUGCUGAUGCUCCUUCGAUUUAUUAAAGGACUAACUUUGCUGCAUCCUCCACCUAAGCUACCUGUCUGUCAUGUCUGUUAUUUUUUAGCCAACCUAAGAGCUUCUCCUCAUCCCAUGCUUAGCACAUAGGGAAGUUUAAGCAAGUGAUUGUUGAGUUGCACCUACUACCACCUGUCUUUUGCCUCUGCUACACCCUGGCCAGGUUAGGACACUGCUAAAGUCCGCCCCCCGCCCCCGGUCCCCAUACAGACACACACACUGAAAUAAAAUGUGUGGUUUUCUUCA